UCCAUAUAUUUACGCUACUAUUAUUUCCUUUCGCGUUCCUGUCCUAAGUACUUAGCUUUCUCAAAUAUAUACGGAUUGCCCAUUUGUCAUUAGAAAGUAAAAGAGCCUGAUCUUUUCAACUCACUUGACAACAAGAAGAAAGAAAAGCCGAGUUUUAUGAUUUUCGUGCAGACUGAAUCUAACCGACACAAAGACUCAAACGGGCACAUCGACAAUGUAAGCUAUCUUUAUUUAAUCCUGCUUUUGUUCCUACUGUUCGUUUACGUCAUGCCCAGGUAGAAAGUAAUGUAGGUUUUCUUGACGUUUAUUCGAAAUCCCUUUAUCAGGUUAUUCAGGUUGGCGCAGACAGAGAAGAAUGAACUGAAACACUUGUGAUCGUAUCUUAAUUGCAUCUUAGCUGUCUACAUCAACGGCAGCAUUUCUUUCUGUAUAAAGAACACAGUGAUACUCAGCUUCUCUAAUCCUCAACCUUCUGCACAACGAGGGAAGAGCCAAGGGAAAAAAUUCCGUGAUGAAUUCAAACUCUAGCUUUGAUUUUCAAAACAUUUUUACAGGUACUGUAACGUCUGCACGCAAAACUAGGUCCUUGAUGGUACGGAUUCUCGGUUGAAAGCACAGUUCACACGAGUUUCAGUCCGCCAUGUUAAACACUUUGUUCUCUACCCAUAGUGCUCCUGCACUCGGUUGCACAGACUGCCCAUUAUUUACAUUCAUUAACCUAUGACAUUUGUCUCUUUAAGUCUGACAUUUAUCUAAAAUAGUUUUUUGUUAACACGGUUUUCAUGGUCACCAUCUCUUGACAUCUAAAAUCAAUCACAUAUCAUCAUCAUCAUCAUCAACUGAAACUGGGCAAUAGUGUACCGAAGUAAGUGUGGCAUUGUGUUUUAAUCUCAUAUUCCAGUUAUACAAAUCCAGAUUUGAUGGCGUGGUCAUAUAUUGCUUUGACCCUAUUUUUCACUUUCGAACAUAAUGUCACAUCCAAGGUGACAGCUCUUUAGAAUUCUGAUGCAUUUUACAUGUGACAAGUUGCAAGUGCGUUAUUCUAUUGACAUUGUCACAGCUCUGUUAAAAUACCUAGGCGUAAUCAAACCUUGCUCCACUAGCUCAAAAAAUCGAGGGCAUUUCCAUCUUCAGCAGCUUCAAGAAAGACUCGGCCACCAUAUUAAAACAAGUCUGUUUCGUUGCUCCUACAAGUAUAUACCUGUUUGCGUUCACAAUUAAGAUGCACAAUACAUAUUGAAAUUGAAACUAAACGUUUUGUGAAGAACCGCGAAAAUUGUUACGUACAAGUAAGUCCAUAAGUCUAUUGUCUACUUGCGAAUAUUCCAUUUUCCCAAUUAUUCUUCAUGACACGUUAAUUACGUACUACACUCAAGUCUUCUUGGUAAGUGAAGGAUUGUAUCUAUCCCUUGGCCGAUGUAAUUUCCGCUUUUCGUAAAAAUGUUACGACUUAACAAAACCCCUUGGUCUGUUUGUUGACACUGUAAGACAAACAGUCAUUACAAUUUUUAAUUAAACGUAAAGUUUUUCCGUAUUAUCUUAUUUCCAUGUAGUAUAACCAGAUGCACACUGUACUAAUCAUAAGCCAGCACAUACGACAGCAACCCGGUAAAACCAAAAACUUUGGAGAAAAAAGUGAGGAUUGUAAAAGGUACAUUUAGAAACUUGUUCUGUGACAGGUAAUCAAGAAAGCAAAAGUUACAGUGAAAGAACCAUCCUUAGAGGUUACUAAACGUCGGUGCUUGAGUUAGUAUGCCAUAGUAUAUCAACCGUUGUUAACACAGUAUUCUAUAGCAUAUUUCAAUCAUUUUUUUAAGAUUCACAAGGAGUUCAGUAUUCGUUAGCCAAUAUUGGGGUAAUGAAUUGGGUAAAGCAGAGACUAGACAGCAGUUAUUCUCGUUAUUGCCUGACGAGACGGUUUCAAUGAAAUCACCAUUAUGACAGAUAUGAAAUAGGUAAAAAGAAGAAACUAUAACUGAACUUUUGCUUGUGAUUUUUGUUGUCAAGUGCUACUUCAGGCAGUAGAACACAACUCAGUUAGGUCUCACAAGUAUGUAAAGUCAGAACUAGAACUAAGAACAUGGCGGGUCCUACACACGUUAUAUAUAGUUUCCAGGCCCUUACGGUUCCAACCGACUCGCGGGCUCAUAGCAAUAUAAUAUCAACAAUUUUGAAAACCCAGGGAUGGGUUAUUGUUUUCAAAGGCUUUUAACCCUAUUUAUUUUUUGCUUCUGCCCCCUCUACAACUUCAAAACCUUCUCAUAAUACGGCCACUUGACCGGCACAAUGACGUAAUUUGACGUCAUUAUGACGCUAUAUUAUUGAAUUUAUUGGCAGAACCCAAAUUUCAUCAAUUUUCCCCUCAAAUGGUCAUAAAGGAAAAAGCCUACGUAAUAGUUUAUCUGAUAAAAAGAUAGAGUUUGCCAACAUAUAAUCUUUAACAAUAGCAGUGAUGACAUCAUGACGUCAUCUAAUGUAACAGAAGGUAAUAGAACAAUCCGCCAUGAUUUUGGAUCUGUCAUUUUUAAUUAAUUAAAUGUAUUCCAAUUUACUUAAAACCCAAGGUAUAAAACCCGAUAAUCGUGAUAGAAAUUUUGAUCUAUGUAUAAAAGGAUGCUUACCGAUGUGAUCAAAACGCCGUUAUACUGAGGUUCCAUAUCAUUUAUUAGCAAUUUUAUAGGUGAUCCACCCAGAAGGUUUUUAAAAAUUGUACGUAAAUAAGGUACAAUUAACAGUUUCCUCAGAGUGGCACCUUUUUAUUGGAAAAUGGAAAAGUUUGCCUACUCAGGAAACUUCAGAAAUUGAUUACCAAACAUCAGAAAAGUGAAAUGUUUACACUUAUCGUAACGAAUGCGAGCGAUGUAAUUGAAUUUGAUGGCGAUUCGGAUCUGAAAUUAACAUUGAUGUAGAGGGAGUCUAUGCGAUUAUUUCAUUGGUUCAAAAAGGCCGGCACCAUCUUUAUAAAGCAUAUUUUAGACGAUUGUUUGACUUUUGAACUUCUAAAUGAAUCCUUAUAGAGUACUGAGAGGUACUCAAAGUUUCAUUUCUCGAAACAGACUGUAUUUCAGAAAAUUGGCUUUUGCCUAAUAUUUUGAUUUGAUGCUGAUUUAUUAAUGGCGAAACUUUUGUUGGUGAAAGACUUUUCAUUGUUAUAUUUGUUUUUUGGGUGAUAUGCAAAUGCGUAAAUCAAACACACCUGUUCAUCGAGCUUUGCAAGCACGUUCAGUCGAUUAUCGCUUUAGUACGAAAUCUUAAUUGUGGUCUAUCAGAAGUCAUUUCUUUCAACAAACUAUAGCAAUUAUCUUUUUUUUUCUUACAGAAGAAACAGCCUGUGAUACAAAUCCCUCAAGGACAAACAGCUCGUGAUAAACGUCUUUGGAUCUACUUUCUGAUUGAACGCCAAACAAGCAACGAAGUUAAUCUGUAAGCAUCAGACACAAGACAGUCACAUGAUAUAGAUCUCAGAAGGGCAGGCAAACUACUAUCAAUGGCAGACUCUGGAAACAAUACGCAGUCUGCUUUCGUCCAUUCAUCUGGAAUUCGCUUGGACACGAUUCCCGCCAUUAUCAUGAUGGUUGCUAUUCUGUUAAUAAACGGUGGUGUGAUUCUGCUCAUUUGCUGCUUCUCCUCUCUUAGAACCACCAGUAACCUUAUCCUCUGCAGUUUAGCCGUGUCAGAUUUUCUCGUGGGUUUCUUGGGUAUACCUCUCGUUGUCGCAUGCAGCGCUACAUUUUUAACUCCAGUUUGCCUGAGCGCCAACACAUUUUUCACUUUUAUGUCAAAGUCAACGGUGCUACACAUCACUGCCAUGACUUGCGAUCGAUACAUCUACAUAAAUUGGGCUAUGCGGUAUCGCCAUAUCGUCAACCGCUUCAGGGUCAUGACAGUUCUGGUUUUCAUAUGGCUCAUAAGUCUGUCUUCUCUGAUUCGUCUAUCAUGGACCUUGCACGUCAAUACCCACAACGCCGCAGAAGACCUGGGUCUUGUUAAAGAAGAAGAAACGACUUACCUCCUAUUCAACCUCAUCGUUUUUUUCGGAGUUUUACUGAUUGUUAUGGUUGCGUUAGACGCACGUAUGUUGCUGUUAAUACGGAAACAACGUCGAAGAAUAUCACAAGAAAACUUGCCAGCCGAUUUUUUAAGACACGAAAAGAAGAAACAACGACGUAAAAGAAGGGCUGUCCUGACAUGCGUAUUGCUGUUAUGUCUUUACGUGCUAUUUUGGUUGCCUUAUUUCAUUCUUGAGCUCGUUCUUCAGGAUCCACGUAUCCCAGAAUUCGUUAUCACUACUAUUUACUAUCUAAGGUUGUGCCCAUCGCUCUUCAACCCAGUGGCGUACACUUUAAGAAAACUUGACUUGAGGAGAAAAGCAAAAUACAUUCUGUAUAAGAUAUUUACUUGUCGGCCCCUUAAGGGCAUGUCACAAAGACCUUUCAAGCAAGUGCAAAGUAGUCUAGCGCACGUGUGAGGAAGGUUAAAGGGCCAUAUCGUUUUUCUUUGAGACAUCAAUUAGCUUAUGGCCUGGGUCAUAUGGGCUUUAUACUACAACAGGAGAAAUUUGUGCAAUUUGAUUGGCUUAGAGCAGUGGUAUUUCAGCUUAAUUUGAAAUACUUACAUGUGAAAAUUACAAACCUUUUUUUGGGUGGUAUUGUACGUGAUAUUUGGCAUAAAUACCACUCGC